AUGCUGCUACCUCUUGUGCCAUGCUGUUACCUUUGGUCCCAUGCUGCUACCUCCUGUGUCAUGCUAUUACCUCCUGUGCCAUGCUGUUACCUUCGGUCCCAUGCUGCUACCUCCUGUGUCAUGCUAUUACCUCCUGUGUCAUGCUGUUACCUCCUGUGCCAUGCUGUUACCUUCGGUCCCAUGCUGCUACCUCCUGUGCCAUGCUGUUACCUUCGGUCCCAUGCUGCUACCUCCUGUGUCAUGCUGUUACCUUCUGUCCCAUGCUGUUACCUCCUGUGCCAUGCUGUUACCUUCGGUCCCAUGCUGCUACCUCCUGUGCCAUGCUGUUACCUUCGGUCCCAUGCUGCUACCUCCUGUGUCAUGCUAUUACCUCCUGUGUCAUGCUGUUACCUCCUGUGCCAUGCUGUUACCUUCGGUCCCAUGCUGCUACCUCCUGUGCCAUGCUGUUACCUUCGGUCCCAUGCUGCUACCUCCUGUGCCAUGCUGUUACCUUUGGUCCCAUGCUGCUACCUCCUGUGCCAUGCUGUUACCUUCGGUCCCAUGCUGCUACCUCCUGUGCCAUGCUGUUACCUUCGGUUCCAUGCUGCUACCUCCUGUGCCAUGCUGUUACCUUCGGUCCCAUGCUGCUACCUCCUGUGCCAUGCUGUUACCUUUGGUCCCAUGCUGCUACCUCCUGUGCCAUGCUGUUACCUUCGGUCCCAUGCUGCUACCUCCUGUGCCAUGCUGUUACCUUCGGUUCCAUGCUGCUACCUUCUGUGCCAUGCUGUUACCUUCGGUUCCAUGCUGCUACCUCCUGUGCCAUGCUGUUACCUUCGGUUCCAUGCUGCCACCUCCUGUGCCAUGCUGUUACCUUCGGUUCCAUGCUGCUACCUCCUGUGCCAUGCUGUUACCUUCGGUCCCAUGCUGCUACCUCCUGUGCCAUGCUGUCCCAUCCUAUUCUUUUUUGAGGUAUGUCUUCCUCUUAUCUCAUGCUUUCCUCCUGCUGUCCCACACCAUUCUUGA